AUGUCCGAACAAAAGGAGCAAAACCUCAAGGCCCCCGAGGGUGACUUCCAGGAAUGGACCGAGAAGACGACUGAGAGUGGGAAAACUUUCUUCACCAGAGACGUCGAUGAGAAGGGCAACACAGUCACCAAGCCCGCAGAUGGGCCCGACCACGACGUUGAUUCUCACGGCCCUCCCUUCGAUAACGAGCCAUGCAACUGGAAGGCAAACUCCGAGGGUAACACAUCCACCGACUUUGCCAAUAAGACAGGUAUCACCUGGUACAAGCUCGAUAACGUCAUUGGAGCGACGUACCAGUUGACUAUCAACACGAAUUCGACAUACAACUACACUUUCUUUACGAGGCCUGAUAGCUAUGGUUUGGAUGUGUAUCAGACGUGGACGAGUCAUGAAUUCGUGUACACGACCCUUGACCCUACUAUAGACUCGGUCAGUGGCAGAUAG